AGUUCGCCUGUCAUAUGUGCACGAGUUCCGCUUCCACGUGUUUACUGCCGUUUCAGACCUCAGGUUCAUCUUCCGCUCCGCAAAGAGACCUAACAUUAUGAGUAGCAGGUUCGACUCUGACUCCUUAGCAAGACUCAAAACGCAGCUAUGCGGAUUGACCGCGCUGUUCAUAGAGAACAGCGAUCACUUCCCAGAUUUGAACACAUCUCGACGAUUCUCUUGGUCUCGCUCUGAUCUCCGUCAUGUUGGCAAAUAUCUCUGAAUUGCAGAAGCAUUAAAUCGAUUCUGGAUCUCGCGUAAUGGUCGUGCCGAAGACCGCGAGUUUUGUUGGUUCUACGAUGUCGACCACGACGCAUUCAGACCGACGAUCACCUCACCCCCAACACUUUCUUUCAUCCCCCACAAGCGGUCUGUCCAGGAUGAUAAAGUCCAGAACUUCUGGCUCUAUCCUUGAAUUCUCGUCUUUGCGUUAUACUGUCAAGCCCAAGAAGACGCAGAUCAAGGUCCUCGUGGACGACAUCUCUUUUUCCAUGCGGGGGGGAGAUAUGCUAGCUAUCAUGGGCCCAUCUGGUGCAGGCAAGUCUACUCUGCUCGACCUCUUAAGUGGAAGGAAGCGGUUCGAUGCAGGAGGCAAGGUCUCACUCAACGGUCGGACCGUCAAGCCCAAGGACAUGAAGGCAUUGUCUUCCUUUGUCGAGCAGGAGGACGCACUACUCGGAACUUUGACAGCCAGAGAGACGUUACGCUUCGCUUUGCAACUUUCUAACCCCACUGCCAAAGCCGCUUUCGUCGAAGAGCGCGUUAGUAGCGUAGUCGAGAUGCUUGGUCUAGAUGCCUGCGCAGACUUGCCUAUUGGUACACCAUACCGCAGGGGGCUCAGUGGAGGACAGAAGCGUCGGGUUAGUAUUGGAUGCAGUCUAAUCACUUAUCCUCGCAUUCUGUACUUGGACGAACCCACUUCCGGUCUCGAUUCCACGGCGGCGAAAGAGGUGGUAUCCUGCGUCGCAGCUCUUGCGCGCAAGGAAGGCAUCAUGGUUCUCGCCAGCAUUCAUCAACCUUCGUAUUCGACCCUCAACGAGUUUACGGACCUCGUCUUGCUCUCGCAAGGUCGCAUGUGUUACCAUGGCCCAGUCGAAAAAUUGGACGUCUUCCUCUCCGACUUUGGCGCGGAAGCUCUGCCAUUUGUACCACCCACAGACGUUGCCAUGCAACUGCUCAACACGGACUUCAGCCGGACGAAUGAGAUGGACCCUCAAGACGGGCCCGAUACCGUUCAGCGGUUUCAAAGCCAUUACUUGGAGUGGAAGUCGCGCUCGUUGGCCAGCGAGACUGCGUACGUCCCGGUCGGCUCGAACAACCCUAUCGAAACAGUCGAAGGAGGGCAGAUAGGUCGGGUUCCUAAGAUAUGGUACCAUACUACCAUCCUCUCCCGACGUAUGGCAAUGAAUUAUUCUCGCAAUCUACUGGCCUAUGGAAUCCGUGCCGCCAUGUAUGCCGGAAUGGGCGUGAUGCUCGCUACUAUAUGGAUCAGACUGGGCGAUGAAGCCAGCACUGUCAAUGAUCGACUCUCCGUGCACUUUUAUUCGGUGGCUUUCCUUGCGUUCAUGUCAGUAGCAGGUAUCCCCGGAUUCCUGGAAGAGCGCGCCAAUUUCGUAAAGGAAACGGCCAACGGCCUAUACGGUGCCCUGCCCUUCGUGUUGGCCAACUCGAUCGUGACCAUACCGUUCCUUUUCGCAUGUUCGACCUUGUUCGUCCUCAUCAUGUACUGGGGCAUCGGCCUAAAUGAUGACGCUUCGGCUGUAUUCCGAUAUAUUGGAUUCCUCUUCCUAUCGAUUUACGUAGCGGAAAGUCAAGUCCUGGUCGUCGCCGCCUUGUUGCCGAUCUUCGUAGCGGCAUUGGCGGUGUCCGCCUUUUUGAACGGCUUCUGGAUGAGCGUUGGAGGGUACUUCAUCCGGGCCAUCAAUCUUCCUCGCUUCUGGUACUACUCCUUCCACUGGAUGGACUACCAGAAGUACGCGUUUGAGCUGUUGGCGAACUCGGAUCUUAGAGGGUUGGGAUUCCGUUGCGACGGCACGGGAUGUCCUUAUCCUUCCUCAGUUGGCCCCGAUGAACUUCUCGGGCAAGACGUCUUGAACGCGCUCAAGAUCGGAGACAUCAAUUAUGGCGCGUGGGCGGGCAUUCUUAUAGCAAUCAUGGUGAUCUAUCGUAUUCUACUUUGGGCAGCUCUCAAGCUUGUUCACUAAGAGGUCUGUUCACCGCAUGCGGACCUAUAUCUGAGAGAGCUUGAUCGACCGUUAUACUUCCCUUACUCCUUCCCGCCCGAGGAUUUGAUUUGUGACUUCUAUGCCAUUUCAUAAUAAAGCUGCAAUGCUUGCCAUCGAUGAACUACAGGCACUCUCAUCCACCUCUCUCUGGGGUCACUGAUGUCCAUUGUCAGUAUCACUUGGCCUAGGCAUAUGAGAUAACUUGUUGUGU